AGUCUUGAUAUAGUUGUUUCAUGUUUACCCUAGAUUUGUCUAGUUAUCUACUUUGAAAUCUUUCAGGAAUAGGGAAUUUUAGUUGACGAAUCGUUCUCUUCCUUGACACGGCAACAACGUAAUUGUAAUUAUGUUCCGAGCUUGUGUCACUCGUGAAUAGUGGACGAUUGUAUCGUUUCGGAAUCGCGGAAUUACCGUUUCCAAGGUCUUGUAAAAAUAUCGUAAUUAUGGGGCUAUUAAUCUUACGGAAAUAUUCACCAUGCCGUAAAAAUCGAGUAAGUACACAGUCGACCAGUGUACGCGUCGUUUCAUCGAGGUCGGUAGAACAACAGGCAGGUUGAUCUCUUAGAAAAGGAUUCGUUCUACAAGAAGUUUUUGGCAGACACCUCUUUUACGGAUAAUUUUUCAACAGUAUUCAAAAUUCAUGCAUCGGAAUACAAUCUAACGGAAGCAAUCAAUAAAUAAGCUGUUCCCUUUUUCGAGCCUAUAUCGCGGAAAGAAAACUGACGAAUCACAAAAUGGGUUCUACUAGGCAAGAUAGAUCGCUAGGUAGUGGAAUAUCUCUGCCACAAUGGAUGAAGGGAAAAAUUGACAAUAGAUUCGAUUUCGAUGAGAGUACGUUCAGCCCGCCGUCUCAUGACGACAGUUUUUUCUACAUACGAUAUCCGAAGACUCAGAGUCGCCUAUCGGGAGUGCAAGAGUAUCGACCGAUUGACCAGGUUUUCGGCGAGCAGAGCAUCUCGUCGUCAACGAGCAAUGUGAAACCAGAGCAACAAUUAGCAUCAGACGUGAAGAAGAAUCAGGAAAUCGACUUCAGCAAGCACCCUUUGCCGUGUCAACCGUUUAUACCUACUACAACAGCGAGCAAAGAAUUUAAGCAAAAUUCGAAAAUCGUAGUCGCAAAAGCAAAGUCUCAAGGGGUGGACGAUGGAUUUCACAGUGGGCCAGCACUUUGCGGAAAAUCGAUCGUUCACGUAGCCAAUCAGAUGAUGUCCAACAAAUUCCAGAAGACGUUCACGGCCGAAACGGCCGAGGUUCCACCGAGGAAAGGCAGCAAAUCUUUGCCAGCCACUCCGAUAGCUUCACCUAGCGUGAGUCCAGACAGUUCGCCUAAAGCUCGUCGACGAUCGAAUCGCUACUUCACGGGCCCUUUUCUUCCCGAUCGAGAAAAAUAUCAAGGCGGCUGGAUCUUGGCGAGUAUACUGGGACAGUCCAGAGAAAUCGUACCUGCAAAAAUCGACGAAGAAGACGAGACUGGCUUGGACGCGCUAGCUCCGCCACCCAGGUCGCUGAGUCGAAAGAAAUCUAUAUCCUCGCAGAAUCUUACUUACGUGGGAACCGAAGAAAGGUCUAAUGAAAAAUCGGCGAUCUACUCGAAUGUAUUCCAAGCAAAACCAUCGGAGUUAAGAGAAAUGAAUUUCUGGUCGCCAACGUCCAUGUGAAGCGUAUUCUUCUUUAUGUUCUAAUCGUUAAGCGUUUCUUCCUUUCUAGAGAAAAAGCUCGAAAGUUCGUUCGCGAGGCAAACCAUCGUGUCUUCGCGAGAUAAACGUUAUACAACGAAAAACGAAGCUUUCUGUAUUAUUCUGUACCCGACGGAUUUGUGCCGGAGACGGGUAGAAUUUUAAUGAAACGAUAGAUUACGAAUAGAAACUCUGUAUGAUGAUAUGUUCAUAGUAUUUAUUUGAUUGAGUUAUUUUUUUUUUUGUAAAAUUUAAUGAUACAAUUCUUAUCGUAAUUUUGAUCGAACAAAUAUUGGAUGACAAAUUGUUUAUCUUCUGUACUCAAAAUUAUUUAUCUGGUAAAGCAUUGUCUGUCUUUGGUAUGUGAAUGUGUGAGUAUUGCAACUGUGUCUCUCGAGCCACACAUUUCGGUUUAAUUCCCAGCUAUUGUAGAUAUUUUAGUAGCAGCAUAUUGUUUAUCGUCGUGCAUACAUAGUUGUUACUUAGGGAAAUCUCUCAUGUGAGAGCCAAUUUAGACGCUUUCGACGUUCGUAAUCAUUGUACUAUAGAUUAGUAAGGACGAUUGCCUUCGUGAACGCCUUUCAAAUUUGUGACAGAAGUCUGUUUUUUUUUUAUUUUAUUUUUUUAGAGGACAUUGGUUACCGCUCUUAACUAAGUAUUUGAUUUUAUUUAAUUUUAUGAAUGCGAGAGAAGAAUAUUCUAUAUAAUAAAUGUACGUGUUGUUCGUUACGUUUACAUGGUAUGAGUGGGUAAUAGAAUGCGUAAAACAGUUAAAAAAUGACCAAACGCGUCUCGUAACGCGUCUCAAAUUUUGUUCAACGAGAGGCUUACAUUGAAAUGCGAAAGAUCCUAAAUUCCGCGUGAGAUACGUAUGUUUUAGCAGUGCUAGCGUAAACGUUCAGAAGGCAACUACGGCGGCGGAGUAACCAAAAAUAAGAGGUAUUGCACACUCGUGUACUAUAUACUUGUGUUAGUUGACAUUUUUGCGUUGACGGUUGCUCGUGUGUUGGUUUUUUCAACCCUGGAAAACAUAACAGGGAUUACGAAAAUACAAGAUAACUUAUUAUCCAGUGAUUUUUCGAUGCGAGUCAGUACUACAGGUGGGACGUGGAAUCUCAUAUCAGGCUGCAUUACGAUAAAAGAGUAAUUCGAUUCGUGUAAAGUUAAGUCUGCAAGUUGAUACGAUACGCGAGGGGUUGCCAGUAUUGCUGACAUCACGUAAUUAUGAGCAUACAGUAUUGUAUGAAAUUUUUUAAGGAGUUAAUAAAUCGGGAGAGCCUUUCAAGCCAAAA